UAGGAUAACAUGAGUAAGGGAAAGAUGACUCAUUUUUCCCAUCACAAACAAGCAUAUCUGAGGCUGAAGUAGAGUCAGGUCCUUCAACUAGAGUAAGCGAUAAAUUUCUAAUUUCAUCAAUUGUCUUGCAAAAAUUCCUGGCACCGCCCCUCCAAAUUUUAUCAAUUAUCUUGCAAAAUUUUUAGCCGAAGCUAUUUUGGCCGGGGCGUGAGCAAUUCCUGGCUCCGCCCCUUGGCUGCAUGGUAGUAGCCGCCGUCCUAUAAAACAAGGCGUAGGGAAUAACAGUACCCUCUCAAUCCUCGUCCUUUGUUUCAUCACGAGGAUUCUCCUAAUACCAUUUAUUUCAUUUCGCCUUACUUUUGUAGACGUCCUUCUAACCUUACUUCGCCAAUAAACAUUUCCUCUUUUGUCCUGUUUUGUUUGCUUCAUUUGUUGCAUAUGGGGUGCAUUGGACUAAAUAAUUGAAAGAUUGAUUGGUAAACCGAUGCUACAUUUGUUGACCCUGCUUCUUCCAUUUCUUCAACCAGUGUCGUAGAGGGGGGCUGGCAUUUACAGGAAGCUUAAUUCUGUCUAUUUGGUGGACUUUGUGUGCCUGAUGUAUACAUGCAUGUAGAACAAAAUGUCUAGCAACAGCAGCGGCAGUGCAAAGGAGAAGGGUCUCCAGAUUUUUACACCGCUUGUGAAACCUCCCUUUGCCCAGAGUUUCAGGCCUGUUCAUGCUUUAGGCAGUCCCACUACUGACCUGAGAUUAUCACAACAAUCUUGGCCUGGCAAUGUAGCCCUGCAUCCAUGCACACCAUGGCCUGGCAACCCUGCAAAUCCACAGCAAAACGGGGAACUGGUGGCAGAUGUGGUGGCAGCCGAUGUAAAUCCUGUGAUUGAUAACUGUGAUGACAAGAUGUUGCCGAAGGUAGAUAUGCUAUUUGAUGGUGAGAAUGAGGCUUAUGAGUUCUACAAUGCAUAUGCGGAGAAUGUGGGCUUCUUUGUUCGGAGAUCAACACUCUGGACAACAUCAAAGAACAUCAUUACUAGGAGGACAUUUGUUUGCUCAAGAGAAGGUUUUCGGGAGAAGAAAAAGGGCACAAAGGAAUCAAAGUGCCCACGGCCUGAAACAAGAAUUGGUUGCCCAGCAGGCUUGACCAUCAGGCUUACUGCCAAUGGCAAGUACCGCUUGACAGAAUUUGUACCAAACCAUAACCAUCAGCUAGCAACAGCUUCAAUGAUUCAGAUGCUGAAGGAAAAGAAAAUCAGGCGUAAAGCACGGGCUGUGAGAGAAAAUCUGGUGGACGAUACUGUGAGAACACCAGAAUUUGAGAAUGAAGAUGAGGCAUAUGAAUUUUACAGCAUGUAUGCAGGGAAAAUUGGAUUUAACAUAAGAAGGGCAAGCAUGACAGUGAAUGCUGAAAAUGUUAUCACUAGACGGAUGUUCGUUUGUUCAAAAGAAGGGUUCCGCGAGAAGAAAAAAGGAGGGGCAUAUAGAGUAAAGAAGCCUCGUCCAGAGACCCGAACUGGUUGUCCAGCGUGUAUGGUAAUCCGACUUGCAUCUGAUGUCAAAUAUCAUGUGACUGAGUUUGUUACCUUCCAUAAUCACCAGCUUGGUGCAGCAGCAGCAUCUGAUCUUGUGAUGGCAUCCCAAAGUACUGGAAAUGGUCAAGAAAAUGGAGUUGAUCUGGCUGAUAUAUCACCCGAUGAUUCUAUCGACGAGCAAAAUCUUAUGAAAGACUAUGUCACUUCAAACUGUCUAGGAGGUAGAAGUCAGAAAAGGUAUAAGUGUAAAGUUCCUCACCAUGGUGAUGUAGGUGCUACUCUUGAGUACCUACAAAAGAUGCAACAUGAUAAUCCUUCAUUCUUCUAUGCAGUAAAAUCUGAUGGGGAUGGGAACUUGACAAAUUUUGUCUGGGUAGAUUCAAAGUCCAUCAUGGACUUUGUCCACUUUGGUGAUGUAGUAUGCCUUGACUCAGGGUAUGCAGUUCAAGGCUACGGUAGGCCAGUUGCUUUGUUUAUAGGCCUGAAUCAUCAUAAGCAAACUGUCAUCUUUGGUGCUGCAUUGCUUUAUGAUGAAAGUUUUGAAGCUUUCAGAUGGUUAUUUGAUACAUUUAAGAUGGCAAUGAAUGGUACCCAUCCCAAAACAUUGUUAACUGAUAGAUCUUCUGUGAUAAGUGAAGCUGUUGCAGCAAGUUGGCCUGCGACAGCACAUCGUUAUUGUGUGUGGCAAAUUUACCAAAAUGCUCUUCAGCAGUUGAGUCAUGCAUUUCAUGGGUCAAGAACUUUAGAAUACGACUUCAAGAGAUGCCUAUUUGAUUGUGAAGAUGAAGCUGAGUUUUUGGCAGCAUGGAGAGAAAUGCUGGAAAAAUAUGACCUAGAAGAUAAUCAAUGGCUAAAAGACUUGUUUGCUCUUAAGGAGAAAUGGGCAUUACCAUAUGGUCGUAGGGCAUUUUAUGCUGAUAUGAAAAGCGUCCAGCAGAAGGAGAACUUGAGUCAUGAGCUUAAAAAACAUCUAUCCCUAGAAUGUGACCUUUUGAGUUUCUUUGUGCAGUUCGAAAGAUUAUUAUGCGAUCGUCGGAUUGCAGAACUGCAAGCUGAUGUGGGUGCCAGUCACAGUACGAAGAAGCCACCUUCAAUGCGAAUAUUAAGGCAAGCUGCUAAUAUAUAUACACAUGCUGCUUAUAAAAUGUUUGAAAGGGAGUUUGAGUUGUACAUGGAUUGCAUGCUCUACAACUGUGGUGAGAUGGGCACAAUUGCUGAGUAUAGGAUAAGUGUUGAGGACAAUCCAAAAGAUCAUUUUGUUAAAUUUGAUUCAUUAAAUUCCAUGGCAAGUUGUAGUUGCAAGGGGUUUGAGUUUGUAGGUGUUCCAUGUCGACAUAUCCUUAAGGUACUUGACACUAAGAAUAUCAAGGACCUCCCUCCCCAGUACAUCUUGAAAAGGUGGAGGAAGGAUGCCAAAUCAGGAUCUUCAAAUGGUGGUUAUGCAUACCCAUUUGACGGCGAUCCUCAGUUGGCUCUGACAAAGCGUCACACUCUGUUGUGUCGAUUAUUCAGUAUAGCAGCAGCUAGAGCUGCGAUCUCUGCUGAAUCAUUUGCAUACAUGGAAAACCAGUCAGGCAUACUUCUGGAUCAAGUGGAACAAGUUCUACAAAACAGCCCCCUUGACAUAGCUGCUGGUAUUGGUGCUAGUUGUGUUCGUACUCAAAAUCCAGUUGAAAGUAUGGUCACGGCAGAUCUACACAGUCAUACUAAUUUUAUCGAUGGCUCUACUGAUGGUUCUCUAACCUUUCCCUUCACAACGGGAGCUGGUACAUUGGAUUACCUCUAGAAAGGUAAAGAAUUAAUUGCUAUAAGUAUUCGACAUAAUAAGUGAACUGAUCUUUUACCAUGCCAAGAUCUUAGGACCGAGAUCCAGUGUGCCAGAGCAAAGGCACGGCGUGCCCUGCACCCCACUAUCCACCGUCAAAUUCAACCCGACUGCUAGCAGCUCAUGGGGCCGGAUGAGUCAGCUACGAGCCUACACGAGCCCAACGGAGGGAGCAGUCACGGGAAAAAAAAGCUUCGCAGGCGAAAUUGCGGGCUGCGCGGCUCUCCCGACGCCGCUGCCGCGUUGGAGGAGAGCAAGCUCCGCCGCCCGCCACUGUCUUCUCCGCCCCCAAUCUGAUGGCCUCCUCUGCCGGCCCUGCCCAGCUCCGCCGGCCUCCAUCGGCCCCGCUCCGCCGGCCUCCUCUGUCCCACUCCGGCUCCUCCGCCCUGCACAGGCGGCUCCGCUGCGCUGCGACCCCUCCUCCUGUAGCCGCAGCCAGCAUCUCCCCCCUCCUGUAGCAGGUGGCCAUUGACUGCCUGGCCGCCCUCUGCCUGAAGCUUUCAUGAUUGUUUAUUACUCCCUCCGGCCGGAAUUACUUGUUACUGAUUUAGUGCAACUUUGUAUUAAAUUUGGGAUGAGUAAUAUGGGUCGGAGGGAGUACCAUUCUUGCAUCCCCAUCUGCCUGUAGCUGCAUGUUGCAAUAUUUGAGUGCUAAGAACACUACAGAUAUUUCAGUGCUUAGUGCUUCAAAAUUUCAAUUGUUCAGACCGUGUCCAGCUUUUGGCUGUAUGUUUUGUCCUUGCAAAAUUUCAGUUGUUUAGAUUUGACUUGUU